CGUCAUCCGUUUGCGAGAAGGAAAAGUUACAUCACGCAUGUUGUUAGAGGAAAAGUGCAUCGUCGUCGCGAAAUUUCGCAGUUCAAUUUUCAUCUUCAAUUUACGCUCGAAAAAGCGCUAAAAACUGCUCCUCUUGUGGUUGAUAAAGUUCCCCGAACGGUGAGGCCGUGUUCUAGAUCGAAAUGCACAGGAAUCGGUGGUGAACAAGGCAUCGAAUUUGACUCGCAUGGUUUUUCUGCCCCUUGUGGAUUAUGUCCGAGUCAAAGCAGUUAUUGCUUUGAGUUGCCCAAAAAAAGAAAGCUUGAGAAGAUCACGGCCAAUCGAGCUGCUGGAAAAAGGCCUUACUAGGUGCUAGAAAGUGUCAAUUUAAGUCAACCGAUUUGUAGUGCUCUUUAUAUCCCACUCGAGUAGUUGAAUCACCAUCGCAAUUAUAGAAUCAUAUUUUACACCGAGGCAUUUUCAAACACUCAUCCGUUCUGCAAACAGAAACGUUUUGAGCCAAUAUUUGUCUUUCCUUUUUCUCUAAAAAAUGUGUACGUUGUUGUAGGGAAAUAUUCGAACACAAGCCGAACCAAACGAGUAUCUUUCUAAUCAGCUUCUUUUUGCUACUAUUAUGCCUUUCGUCGCCAUACAACCGUAACGAAUUUUGCUACGUAAAAAAACGUUCGAUAUCAAUCGUUAUCUCGCGCGUUCGAAAAUAACGUCUUUGGUUUGGCGCGCCUCUGACAAAAAAAAACUGUUCACACAAAAACUUACAAUCUCGCCGCGUGAUUGAAAAUCGGGUCACAAAUUAAAACCCCUCGCGCCUAUGGCCGCCUAUCUUAACCGUACCCUGUCGAUGGUGACGGGCUCGAAUGGGUCGGCCUCGACGGGAUACGACACGGCGGCACUGAUCGAUGCGAACACAUCGUCGCCGCGGGGUCUGCACACGGCCACUGGUGGCGGGGCUGCCGGCCACAACGACGUCUCGCCGUUGCAGAUUUUCGUCCGCGCCAAGAAGAAGAUCAACGACAUCUUCGGCGAGAUCGAGGACUAUGUGGUGGAGACGACCGGAUUCAUCGAUGCCCUCCCGACGAUGGUGGAAAUCGUGGACAAAGCCGAGUCGGAGCUAUUCCGGAGCUAUGUGCUGAAAGUGUCCGGCAUCCGGGAGGUGCUCGCCCGUGACCACAUGAAGGUGGCCUUCUUUGGGCGCACCUCCAACGGGAAAAGUUCAGUGAUCAACGCUAUGCUGCGGGACAAAAUCCUACCGAGUGGUAUCGGCCACACCACCCAUUGCUUCUGCCAGGUGGAGGGCAUCGAUGGCGACGAGGCAUACCUAGUCAAGGAAGGUUGUGAUGAGAAGCUGAAUGUAACGUCGAUUAAACAACUUGCCAAUGCGCUAUGCCAGGAUAAACUCUCGGAAAGCUCAUUGAUCAGGAUAUUCUGGCCACGUAAACGAUGUAACUUGCUAAGGGAUGAUGUAGUUUUCGUUGAUUCGCCCGGAGUCGAUGUGUCACCUAAUUUGAACGAUUGGAUAGACAAUUUCUGCUUAAAUGCUGACGUUUUCGUGUUGGUUCUCAAUGCUGAAUCCACUAUGACCUUGGCGGAAAAACACUUCUUCCACGAAGUCUCAACCCGGCUUUCGAAACCGAACAUUUUUGUGCUGAACAACCGUUGGGAUGCAUCGGCCUCAGAGCCGGAGUUCCAGGAAUCGAGGGACCUGGAUAAGGUCAAAGCACAACACCAGGAACGAUGCGUCGAUUUCCUCGUGAAGGAGUUGAAGGUUGCAUCCGGAAAGGAGGCAGAGGAACGCGUCUUCUUCGUGUCAGCGCGUGAAACACUGCAGGCCCGAUUGAAGGAAGCCGAAGGUCUGCCAGCGAUUGCCGGCGCUUUGGCUGAUGGUUUCCAGAACCGGUACUUUGAGUUCCAGGACUUCGAACGGAAGUUCGAGGAAUGCAUCUCGAAAAGUGCAGUCAGAACCAAAUUUGAACAGCACAGCUCUCGCGGCAAGAGCAUCUCAACGGAGAUGCGCAUGAUGCUGGACAACAUCUUCGACCGGGCGAAUGUCCUGCGCAAUCAGAAGCUGGAACAGAAGAAGAAACUGACUGAUCGGAUCGCAAAUACCGAAACACAACUGAUGCAAGUGACACGAGAGAUGAAAAUGAAGAUCCACAACAUGGUCGAGGAAGUCGAGCAAAAAGUGGCCAAGGCACUGAACGAGGAAAUUUGGCGACUAAACGUGCUGGUGGAUGAGUUCAACCUGCCUUUCCACACGGAUCCAUUGGUUCUGAACGUUUACAAAAAAGAAAUCAACGCCCACGUGGAAAGUGGCCUUGGUUCGAAUCUGAGGGCGCGACUUAGCACAGCUUUAGCCAUGAACGUCGAAACAGCGCAAAGGGAAAUGACCGACCGCAUGACUGCGCUGAUCCCGUCGGAAAAGAUCAUCACCCACACGCAUCACGUCGUUGCGCGGAAUCAACCGUUCGAGAUGCUGUACACGCUGAACUGUCAAAACCUAUGUUCCGAUUUCCAAGAGGAUCUGAAUUUCCGCUUCUCCUGGGGAAUCACUGCGUUCAUAGCGAGGUUUAAUGGCAAAAUGCGAGCGAACAACAAGAAAGCAAUUUCGCACAAUAGGCAAAGUAGCAAUAUGAAUGUAUCGCAAGUAAUGUCUCCUACUUCACCGAUGUGUCUUAUGCCGGAUAACGAACUGAUCACAGAAGAGCAGCUGUCGGUGAUAUCGAAGGUGGCGAUAGCUUCGAUCGGAUCCCAGGGCACCCUGGGGCUUCUGGUGGCCGGUGUGCUCCUGAAAACAAUUGGCUGGCGAGUGAUUGUGGGUGCCGGCAUCCUGUAUGGCAGCGUGUAUCUCUACGAGCGCCUGUCCUGGACCAACGCCGCCAAAGAGAAGAAUUUCAAAAACCAGUAUGUGCAGCACGCCACACGGAAGCUGAAGUUGAUUGUCGAUCUCACUUCGGCCAACUGCAGCCACCAGGUGCAACAGGAGCUGUCCAGCACCUUCGCCCGAUUGUGUCGCGUUGUCGAUACCGCUACCACAGAGAUGAACACUGAACUGAAGGACAUCGAAACCUCCCUGGCCGUGAUCGAGGCCAACCAGAAGCAAAUCAAGGUGCUCAGCAAUAAGGCCAACUUCAUCCAGCGCGAGCUGGAAAUCUUCGACAGCAACUAUAUCAAGGAGAACUAAGUUGAACCCUUCUGAAGAGGGUAGCAAGAGUUAAUGUUUAAUAUAUUGUAUUCUCGCCAGGAGACAGCGUCACUCAAACCGGUAUCGAAACCAAACAAAGUUUGUAGCUUGGAUGGAUGUGACAGAAAGUUUAGUUACAUAGAACCUACGUUCCUUGUUCACACUUUUUACCUGAUUCGAUACUUUGCAAACAUUGCUAUAUUUAUAUUUUUAAAUGUUAUAUGCUUUAGUUUCCAAUUUUGAUUAGUUGCUGUGCACCAACAUAUUUGGUUGGAUAGUUAUCGUCACCUCCAAAGCAAGAAUCUACACACCAACCGAAUAUGUACUACAAAGAUUAUUGAUGCAAGUGAGUGAAACUUACUUAGAGAAUACGCUAAUGAAUCCCUAACAAAAUAUUUCAAUGUAACUGUGUAUAAUAUAUCCUAAGACUUAGUACUGUAGGAGAGGUCGUUUUCUUGUACAGGUAUUACCGUACAGACUAAAGGCAGUUAGAUAUUUCUGUUCAACGAUAGAUGAGGGCUGUUGUAAAAAUAAAUUAAAUCUAUCGAAAAAGCUAAAAUCGGAAACUAGACCAAGCGUUGAUUGCAGAAGCUAGACCGCAAACCGUUAGAUAAAUUGGGUAUCCCUGUUUUGUACUGUUGUACCACGUUGACUCAAUCCUUGAUUUACUUCGAUCAAAUUGUACCGAAAAUUAUAACUGAAAAAUUGAACCCUGAAAUAAAGUAUUUCCAACUUCAA